ACUGCCGACCAUCGUUGGACAUGACGAAAGAGGAGACUAAUAAAUGGAAAGACUCACUGAAGACAGUGCUAGGUGUAAAGGACAGACGGAGAUUAGUCCAAUGUUUUGGGGUGCACCUAGCUGUCGCCAGCUUACAGCCAGACCUUUGGUCAAAAGUUUCUUUGGCAUCUGAAAAACUGACAAUGUCAGAGAAGUUGAUGAGAGGAUUUAUAAGGUUGGAGGACAGUGACAAGUUCAUAUCCAUUGAUACACUGUUGGCAAAAGGAGCAGCUGCUUUCAAACAGAAUGUGAAGACUUUGAUAGAUGCUGGAUUUGUGAGAGGAAAAAAGAAUGAAAAGAAGAGAAAGGCUGAGGAAACAUGUCAUGAAGAGGAUGAAAAUGUUGCUCCAACAGAGGGAACUGGUCAUGUUCUAGAAGAACUACCACUUACCCAGCAGGACCAGACUAGUUGGAGACAGAGAUAUGAAGAGCUUAUGGAAAAAUAUAAACAGCUUGAAGAAGAAAAUUUGCUCCUUGCAAAUAAACUUAAGGAAAUGAAAGUAAAGACUGAUGUUGAAGAAGGAAGAGUCAUUGAAGAAGGAAAUGUCAUUGAAGAAGGAAAUGUCAUUGAAGAAGGAAAUGUCAAAGAAAAGACUGAAAAUGAAACUAAAAGAAGAAGGUGUAUGAAAAAUAUGUUUACAAAAGGUGAGAGGAUUAUGGCGUUUUGGCGGGAUGAAAACAGUGGUGUGGAGAGUUGGCUGGAAGCCACUGUUCUAUUUCCAUAUUCGGAUGGUAGAUGUCGAGUUCAGUGGAAGUCAGAUGGAAUGAUUUCCACUCAAAGGCACCAUGAGAUACAGAAAUUGAAGUAAUUGAUGAUGUCAACAAGCCAAACUUUGCAAAUUAUUCAACGUAUAGCCUUAGACAGGUACUGCGUUCAGGGCAAAGUCAGGCGAAAACUUCACAGACUUAAUUCCAGAAUGUAUCUUAAUUUCGUUUUCGACAAGAUCAUUUAACUGGAGAUAAGUCUAUACCAUUGGUCAUUAUAACAAUGGACUAAUUUUUUUUCUUAUUAAUUUGAAUUGAAUAAUUUACAUGGUCAAAUACUCUAAUUCAAGGCUUUUAUAAUCAAAUGGUUUUUGUGUCGCCUUGAAAAAGUGACAUAUAGGGGUUACUUUUGUCGGCGGCGGCGUUGUCGGCGUCGGCGCCCCUAAAGCUUGUCCGGAGCAUUACUCAGUCACUAUAAGUCUGAUUGACUUCAAACUUGGUAUGCAUGCUUCUUUCAAUAACUCGAAGUGCACAAGGACUGGUACUCUGCAGUUCUUAUUUUUUUGAGUCAUUGCCCUUUGUUAAUUUUCAUACUUUAAUUUUGUCCUGGUUAUUUCUCUUCAACUAAAAAACCUAUGGACUUGAAACUUCAUAGGAUGAUAGAUCUCAUUAAGAAGAAGUGCAGUGCACAAGAAUCGGUACUCUACAUUUCUUAAUUUUUGAGUUAUGGCCCUUUGUUAAUUUUCAUACUUGAUUUUUGUCCAGGCCAUUUCUCCGAAAGUAUAAAGUUAUGGACUUGAAACUUCAUAGGAUGAUAGAAAAAGUGCAGUGCAUAAGAACUUAUACUCUGCAUUUCUUAUUUUUUGAGUUAUUGCCCUUUGUUGAUUUUCUUACUUUAUUUUUGUCCUGGUUAUUUCUCCUCAAGUAUGAAAGCUAUGGACUUGAAACAUCAUAGAAUGAUAGAUCUUAUUGAUAGGAAGUGCAGUACAUAGAAACUGCUGCUCUGCACUUAUUAUUUUUUAGUUAUUUUUCAUAUUUCAUUUUUGUACUGGCCUUUCUCCUAAACUACAUUGUUCACAAGGCGACACAUCUGACUCUCAGAGUUCUAGUUUAUUUUAAUGUUUGUGCAUGUAUUAUUUAUAUGAGUAAAAUGUAUGUUGUUUGUACAUAUGGUAUAUAUAGUUGAUGUGACAAUGUAUUCAAUUGUAAAUAUGUUUUGCUCUCCAAAUAUGGAGGAAAUAAAAGUAUCUACCUCUGGAAUUUCAAUAACGUGGUAUUAUUAAUAUUGUAGUAAAUAUUUUUUACUCUUGGUUAUAUAGUAGGUGGCCAAAAUUUUAAGCUUGUAGCAUUUCAUCAAACAACCCUUGAUUUUCAUGAAACUUAGAAAACUGAUUUGUGUUAUAACAUGUAAGAAAGCCUUUUUUUUAAAUUUCAAGUCUGCCCAAUGUUAGUAAAUAUAUUCUUGUUCUGUUUGAUCAAACCUAGUUAAAUUUUAUAGUUUUUUAAACAUCAUUGCAAGUUUUUCAGUCAAUUUUUAAAGUCUGUAAAAUGCCAUUACAUUUUUAAUUGUAGAAGACUAACUUAUACUGUACAUAUGUUAGAAAAAUUGUAGAUGUGUUAGCAUUAUAUUUAUAUAUCUGUAAAUUUGUUUUAAUGCUAUAGACUGUAAGAAUAUAAUUCUUUUUUCAUUUUGUAAAAUGUUCUGUGCUGUAACAUUUUGAAUGAAAACUUGUAUUUAAAUGCUUCUAUCUAUUGUCAGUAAUUCUUUUUUUUUUAAUUUCCAAAAUGUUUGGUGCCAUAACAUGUUGAAUGCAAACUUGUAUUUAAAUGCUUUUAUCUAUUGUCAGAAAAUCUUUUCUUCUGUUUAAUUUGGAAAUUGUUUUACAUCCAAACAUUUUGAAUUAAAACACAGAUUUAAUGCUUUAGUCUAGUCAUACAAUAAUUCGUUUCUUUUAUACUUAUUUCGCAAAGUGCUGAACAUUUUUUUUUCAAAGUCAUCAAGUUUUUAUUAUUUUCAAAACUUAUUUGAGAUAAAGAAAGUAAUUUUUAAAAAAUUAUACAAAAUGUUCGGUGCCCUAACAUUUACCUUUAGUGAAUUUUUUUAUGCUUAAAAAAGUCCCUUUUAUAUAUUUUGUACAUGGUAUAUUGUAGUUCUGUAAAUUGUUCGGUGCCCUAACAUUUUGAAUGAAAACUUGUAUUUAAUACUUCGGUCUACUGUCAGUAAAUCUUGGGUUUAAUUUGGAAAUUGUUCGGUGCCCUAACAUUUUUAGUUAAAACAUAGAUUAAACACUUAAGUCCAUCGCCAGUAAAUCUUUUUUUUUUAAUUUGAAAAAUGUUCGGUGCCCGAACAUUUUGAAUGAAAACUUGUAUUUAAUGCUUUGGUCUAUUGUCAGUUAAUCUUUAUUUUAAUUUGGAAAUUGUUCGGUGCCCUAACAUUUUUAGUUAAAACAUAGAUUAAACACUUAAGUCCAUCGCCAGUAAAUCUUUUUUUUUUUUAAUAUGAAAAAUGUUCGGUGCCCGAACAUUUUAAAUGAAAACUUGUAUUUAAUGCUUUCGUCUAUUGUCAGUUAAUCUUUGUUUUAAUUUGGAAAUUGUUCGGUGCCCUAACAUUUUUAGUUAAAAUAUAGAUUAAGCACUUCAGUCCAUUGCCUUUAAAUCUUUUUUUUUUUAAUUUGAAAAAUGUUCGGUGCCCGAACAUUUUGAAUGAAAACUUGUAUUUAAUGCUUUGGUCUAUUGUCUGUUUAUCUUUGUUUUAAUUUGGAAAUUGUUCGGUGCCCUAACAUUUUCAGUUAAAACAUAGAUUAAACACUUAAGUCCAUCGCCAGUAAAUCUUUUUUUUUUAAUUUGAAAAAUGUUCGGUGCCCGAACAUUUUGAAUGAAAACUUGUAUUUAAUGCUUUGGUCUAUUGUCUGUUAAUCUUUGUUUUAAUUUGGAAAUUGUUCGGUGCCCUAACAUUUUUAGUUAAAACAUAGAUUAAACACUUAAGUCCAUCGCCAGUAAAUCUUUUUUUUUAAUUUGAAAAAUGUUCGGUGCCCGAACAUUUUAAAUGAAAACUUGUAUUUAAUGCUUUGGUCUAUUGUCAGUUAAUCUUUGUUUUAAUUUGGAAAUUGUUCGGUGCCCUAACAUUUUUAGUCAAAAUAUAGAUUAAGCACUUCAGUCCAUCGCCAGUAAAUCUUUUUUUUUUUAAUAUGAAAAAUGUUCGGUGCCCGAACAUUUUAAAUGAAAACUUGUAUUUAAUGCUUUCGUCUAUUGUCAGUUAAUCUUUGUUUUAAUUUGGAAAUUGUUCGGUGCCCUAACAUUUUUAGUUAAAAUAUAGAUUAAGCACUUCAGUCCAUUGCCUUUAAAUCUUUUUUUUUUUAAUUUGAAAAAUGUUCGGUGCCCGAACAUUUUGAAUGAAAACUUGUAUUUUAUGCUUUGGUCUAUUGUCUGUUUAUCUUUGUUUUAAUUUGGAAAUUGUUCGGUGCCCUAACAUUUUCAGUUAAAACAUAGAUUAAACACUUAAGUCCAUCGCCAGUAAAUCUUUUUUUUUUAAUUUGAAAAAUGUUCGGUGCCCGAACAUUUUGAAUGAAAACUUGUAUUUAAUGCUUUGGUCUAUUGUCUGUUAAUCUUUGUUUUAAUUUGGAAAUUGUUCGGUGCCCUAACAUUUUUAGUUAAAACAUAGAUUAAACACUUAAGUCCAUCGCCAGUAAAUCUUUUUUUUUUAAUUUGAAAAAUGUUCGGUGCCCGAACAUUUUGAAUGAAAACUUGUAUUUAAUGCUUUGGUCUAUUGUCAGUUAAUCUUUAUUUUAAUUUGGAAAUUGUUCGGUGCCCUAACAUUUUUAGUUAAAACAUAGAUUAAACACUUAAGUCCAUCGCCAGUAAAUCUUUUUUUUUUUUAAUUUGAAAAAUGUUCGGUGCCCGAACAUUUUAAAUGAAAACUUGUAUUUAAUGCUUUGGUCUAUUGUCAGUUAAUCUUUGUUUAAAUUUGGAAAUUGUUCGGUGCCCUAACAUUUUUAGUCAAAAUAUAGAUUAAGCACUUCAGUCCAUUGCCUUUAAAUCUUUUUUUUUUUUAAUUUGAAAAAUGUUCGGUGCCCGAACAUUUUGAAUGAAAACUUGUAUUUAAUGCUUUGGUCUAUUGUCUGUUUAUCUUUGUUUUAAUUUGGAAAUUGUUCGGUGCCCUAACAUUUUCAGUUAAAACAUAGAUUAAACACUUAAGUCCAUCGCCAGUAAAUCUUUUUUUUUUUAAUUUGAAAAAUGUUCGGUGCCCGAACAUUUUGAAUGAAAACUUGUAUUUAAUGCUUUGGUCUAUUGUCUGUUAAUCUUUGUUUUAAUUUGGAAAUUGUUCGGUGCCCUAACAUUUUUAGUUAAAACAUAGAUUAAACACUUAAGUCCAUCGCCAGUAAAUCUUUUUUUUUUAAUUUGAAAAAUGUUCGGUGCCCGAACAUUUUGAAUGAAAACUUGUAUUUAAUGCUUUGGUCUAUUGUCAGUUAAUCUUUAUUUUAACUUGGAAAUUGUUCGGUGCCCUAACAUUUUUAGUUAAAACAUAGAUUAAACACUUAAGUCCAUCGCCAGUAAAUCUUUUUUUUUUUAAUUUGAAAAAUGUUCGGUGCCCGAACAUUUUAAAUGAAAACUUGUAUUUAAUGCUUUGGUCUAUUGUCAGUUAAUCUUUGUUUAAAUUUGGAAAUUGUUCGGUGCCCUAACAUUUUUAGUCAAAAUAUAGAUUAAGCACUUCAGUCCAUUGCCUUUAAAUCUUUUUGUUUUUAAUUUGAAAAAUGUUCGGUGCCCGAACAUUUUGAAUGAAAACUUGUAUUUAAUGCUUUGGUCUAUUGUCCGUUUAUCUUUGUUUUUAUUUGGAAAUUGUUCGGUGCCCUAACAUUUUUAGUUAAAACAUAGAUUAAACACUUAAGUCCAACGCCAGAAAAUCUUUUUUAUUUAAUUUGAAAAAUGUUCGGUGCCCGAACAUUUUGAAUGAAAACUUGUAAUUAAUGCUUUGGUCUAUUGUCAGUAAAUCUUUGUUUUAAUUUUGGAAAUUGUUCGGUGCCCUAACAUUUUUUGGUUAAAACAUUGAUUAAAAACUUGAGUCCAUCGUCAGUAAAUCUUUUUUUAAUUUGUAAAUUGUUCGGUGCCCGAACAUUUUGAAUGAAAACUUGUAUUUAAUGCUUCGGUCGAUUGUCAGUUUAUCUUUGUUUUAAUUUGGAAAUUGUUCGGUGCCCUAACAUUUUUAGUUUAAUAAAUUUUUUGAUGCUUUAAUCUGGUCAAUGACAGUAAUUCAUUUAUUUUUCAUUUCACAAAAUGUUCGGUGCCCGAACAUUAUGUAGUAGGAGAAUAAUUGUUGCCAAGAAGUUUUAGAUAUAGAAGUUAAAUUAGAAAUGUGAAUUGUGUAUGUAAAUAUUUGUUCUGUUAAUAAAAUUGCUUUGGAUAUUUCAAUGAUUUUAAUAAAGAAAUGUCCAUUUAUAUAAAUUUGCCUUGAUUUUUAUGUACCAGUUUAUCCAC